ACUUCCGGUCAAAAUGGCAUCCGCGGACAAAAAUGGAAAAUGGUCUCUUGAUGGGAAGCCUAUCAAAAUUGACAAGUGGGACACUGCUGCUCUAAAAAAUGCCUUGGAUGAUUCAGCAAAAAAUGUGCUAAUUAAAAAUCAUGGAUAUGUGGAGCACCAUGGUCUUAUGGAUGGGCGCCUUCUCAUCUGCACUAUAGCUGUAGCCUUUGCCAUGUUUGCUCUUGUGUGGGAUUACUUCAAACCAUUCCCAGAAUCUCGGCCAAUUCUCAUUCUUUGCGUUACUUCUUAUUUUGUUUUGAUGGGAAUUCUCACUGUCUACACAACAUACAAAGAGCGUGGCAUCUUCCUUGUGGCAUUAGAGAAAGAUCGGGCUGGAAUGGAUCCAGACAACAUCUGGACACUCUCCUCAUCUCUUCGCAAAUAUGAUGACAUAUAUCACAUAUGCUUGACCUUUACGGAUGGCAAAACAAAGGAGGAGAGAAAGACAGAGAUCUCCAAGUCUGUCGCCAGCUUUUUUGAUGAAAACGGGGUGCUCUGUACAGACCUGUAUGAACCCGAAAUUGAGAAGAUGCGAGAGAGUUUAACAACAGAUAAAAAAGGAAAGUGAUACUAACUGUUUUGGGUAUUACUUAAAAAGUUCAUUAUAAAACUGUUCCUCUCAUUGCUGUCUUUUUCCACAGGUGUUGGAAAUUAUCAUUAAGUUUUUGUUAAGAUGUCUUUUGAGUUGAUAAUUUAACUGUUGAUAAUAAAAUGAUCUUCAGUUUUCUGUUGACGUGUUGGUAAGUGC